AUUUCAAUUCUUUAGCAGAUGAUUUUUUUUGUUUAGUGAGACUUAAAUUAAAUUUCAUUCCACCCAUUCAAUGUCAUGUUCAAAUACAAUUUGUUGACAGCAAUCAGAGUCAAUCUAAUCAGCUCAUUAUUUCAUAACAUUUUUCGUUACAUUCAGUGACUUGCAGUGAUAGCGGCAACUCCAAUCCUUUACCAGUGCUUAUUGCGUCUACAUUUGAUGGGCACUCUGUGAAUAUCCAAUCGACCCAUUGGAACCGUUUACGUCAACAUUGACCAUCUUUAUCCUGACAAUGUCUCAAUUGGAAUCUAAAAGUACUUUGGUUUCUGUUGUUAUUUUUCUGUUGACAACAUCUUCAGCUAUUUUCCUUGCUCAAAAAUAUAUUCAAUUGUGUGUUAAAUCGGAUCGACCAAGCAUUCAGUCCAUGUGUGUCCUUUGUGAUUACAAGCAGUUUCGGACCAUGUCAUAUGUUUGUACCGGUCAGUAUGCAAUACCGAUGAAUUCAACUCAGGAGCAAGCUUUUUGUUUGAUCAGCACUUGUCUAAGACAAGUUCCCGGUCAACAAGGAGUCCCGGUUGGACGAAAAAGACGUGAACUUGAAGACGAGAGGAAACCAAUUGCAACCUAUGAUAUAAUGAUUGAAAGUGAUGAUUAUUGAUUUAUAUAUAACUCUUAAAUUGCUGGCAAUUUCUCAGCCUGAGUAAACUCAAUCCAAGGAAAUGAACGAUUGUUUUAUCAAAUAUCGUUUUUUCGUUUAUGUUUUUAACGUUAUUUUAUGUAACUCCUGAAAUUAACUAUAAAUUCAAUUGGAAAGUUUAAAAUGAAAACAUUUUCACAAACUGAAUAGGAAAAAUUAUGCAACAAGUUCAUGGAAUUAAACUCGCAAACUUUUUUUUGUAAUA